CGGCCUCGCGAACACGCGAGAAGACGCACUAAUAACCGUACGGGACGUCCAACUACCUCGCACAUUCGCGCAAAGGUUUUCGACGGUGAAGCAUAAAGUAAGAGGAGAGAACCAGCCGCGUACCACCUUGGUGAACCGUGCGCCAGUUGCGUCAUCGCCGCGAACAGUGUCGUAUAUACUCGCGGAAAAUUGCAUCUGCACCCUUCACCACGCACUCUGUGUUUCCUCCGGUUCUCUCUGCGAAGGAAAAGUUAAAUCCAUAAACGUAUCUCUCUCCGAACCGGUCGUUCUCCAUUGACAUAGAUCGCGACAGCCUCCCCGAGAGUGUUUCGAUAAUAUACGUAUAGCUCCAAUAACGUGCACUUCCGCGCGCAAAUUUUUUGAAUCUCUUUCUUUUGCGUGUGCAUAUAUGCAUGUGAUAUUUCGUGUGUUUAUAUGGUAAUUAUAUGUACCGUCCAUUCAUUCGAUUCAGCAGGAAGAGAGAUCGGGUCGUCUUUGCUUCAUUAAAGCGCGAAGUGCGAAGAAGAUAUGAUCGAAUCCUGUGUGUGUGUCGCCGGGCUAUAUAAUCUUACACUUAAAAUGUUAUAUAAAUAGCCUGUUGUAUUGUGCGUCUCUAUGAAAGAGAAUCACAGAAGGAAUAAAACGUCACGCUGAGAUACAGCAAAUAUCUAUUUGCUUGCCUUGGAUAGCAAAUUAGACUCGUUCGUUGCACAAUAUAUAGGUUCUUUUUUUGUAAACGUGUGCGAGAAAUGUAAAUUACAUCACUUUUCGAAGUAAUAUAUUAGAAAAAAACGCGGCCUGGAAAUAUAAAUUUCGAUCGUACGCAUAAACGUAUUUCACAAUCUGGGAAAAUUACCGACCGAAAUGCAAGUAUAUAUUAGUGCAACAGUACGGCAAAUAAACCGGAUGUUGGCAUUGUAAAAGCUGACGGGGCAUAACCGUCGCGCACAAUGUAGCGAAACCUUCGUGAAAGAACAUAUGAGUUAUCGUAUCGUUUUGCAUAUGAGUUAUCAUCUCAUAUCAUAUUGUCAAUUAAAAGGAGUUCUAUCUCAUGAUAUACAUUUUGAGAUACAAAUCUAUCGGACAAAUAUUAUUUUAAAGAACGUCUACACGUAUAUUAAUUAAAUUUUAUUUGGAGUUGAUUAUAACAGUAAUUAAUAAACUUGAUAAGUAACGUUGCAAUAAUAAAAAUAUUUUAUCAACGUCACAACAUGUAAUAAUAUAUUCCAGUGGCAUUACGAUAUCUCAACUUUUAUCUGUUUGCUAAAAUUAACUAAAACGCGUUCUUCAUGCUGCGUGCACAAUUCAUCGAACGUGUGAAUUGUAUUUAAAAUUCAAAAUAUUUUCAAACUCACAUUUAUCAGUCGUAUGAUACGUGUUAGUAAUAAAACUCUCGAGAUGUGUUAAUUCCUUCUUGUUUACAACAGUUCUCAUUGUCAAUAUUAUUGAUGAGCUUCAUUUUGAACUUUACCUUAUUCCUCUCCAGGUCUGAAAGUACGCCUUAGAUCACUAUAUAUAAGUUCCUGAAGAAUUUGCAGUGUCAUUAAUUGAAUGGUUAUACGUAAAUAACCAUCAAGAACAUCAAGGAAUUGUUAUUCUCGCAGCUGAUAUAUAUUGGUUUAAAAAAUAAAAAUUCUGUUGCAAUCGGACAAGCUUUUCGGUUAUCAUCACGUGUGCCAGUCGCGCGCAAGCAAAUACAUAUCCACAUAUCACUCGUGUGCAUAAUUGUGUGUAUGAGUAUUGAGUAGAAGGAGGUUAUCUAGCAAAAGUGGUAGACAAGUCCAGCCGAUAGCUGCGUGAGUGGCAGUGUGUUUGAAUGCGCGUGUGAUUUCGCUCUGAACGCGCUCUGUGUCUCGAUCGAGAGACGCGCCGAUUCUGUGAAAAAAAUCUCGGAUGAAAUAGACCGAACUGGUCGGUCCGUGUGUUAUCAUGCCGCAGGACAGCAAAAGGGCCAGCAACGGCGUCGAAUCCGAGACGAAGCAACAGGAUCAGGACGAGAAGCUCGAAAGAGAUUCGAGGGAUCAGGAGAGCCUAGGCAAGCAAGAGGCCGAUGUCAAGGAGGAUCUAGAGUUUCGCGAGGGUGCCGACGAAAUGCCGGAACUCAAGGAUGAUCUGCUGCUACGGGACGACGAGCAGAUCAAUCUGGAUCUGGAAUAUGUGCCACCGGAAGUCAUGGAAUAUGCUAGAAGAGUGCUCGGGGAGACCGAAGAGGUCAAGUGUCAGACACUGCAGGAAUUACGCGACAUGAUCUACGAAAGAGGCGAGUGUCUGCCGCAUAGGAUGGAUGACGAUUUUCUCAUCAGAUUUCUCCGUGCCAGGCAUUUUAAUCUAAAAAGAGCGCACAGACUGAUAGUGAAUUACUACAACUUCAAAGAAGAACAUCCGGAGAUUCAUCAGCAGCUGGACCCGCGGCAGAUGAGGCACAUAGGCGACGACGACGUGAUCACGGUUCCGCCGUACAGGACCCAAUGUGGCAGACGUCUGCUGAUCUAUCGAAUGGGCAAUUGGAAGCCGAGCAAAUAUCCCGUCGAGGAGCUCUUCAAGGCCACGACCAGCGUGCUCGAGCUGGGUAUUCUCGAGCCUAGGGCGCAGAUUUUAGGCGGUAUCGUCAUCUUCGACCUCAAGGACAUCACUAUGGCACACGCGUGGACUGUAACGCCUCAGGUGGCAACUAUGAUGCUAUCUCUGAUGGUGACCGCGUUUCCCUUAAAUAUACACGAGUUACACAUUAUCCAUCAAUCGUGGAUUUUUGACACGAUCUUUGCGGUCUUCAAACCGCUGCUCGACACCAACAUGCGAAAUAGGAUAUUCUUCCACGGCGGUGACUACAAGAGUCUUCACAAGCACGUCAAGCCCGAGUAUCUACCGAAGAUUUACGGCGGUGUGAGAAACGAGCUGCCCUACUACAAAUGGAUCGAAGCAGUGAUCAAGAAUCCAAAAAUCGUCGAGGAGAUGAGCAAGAUGGGAUACGUCGUGACGAACGAGAUUCUCGAGUCCUUCACUCAAAAGUAAACCCAAUCCAGAACUCUCUCUGAUGAUUUUGCAAUGAAAUUGCAUUACUCUCUUGCACAUUUUUUCACGCUAGAGCAAUCAUUGCUAGCACAAGUUUAGUAUUUAGCGUUUGCUUCUUUUGCUACUCUAUUUUUAUCGAUUGGGAUAAUACUUAUAUACAGCAUGUCUCAAAGGUUUCAGUUUUAGUUUAUUUUUAUUAAUUUUAGAUUGAUUUUAAGCGUAAUAUAAAACGAACAAUUUUUUACUAUUAUAUGUUAUUUAUAUUCGAUAUUAUAUAUAUAUAUUAGUAACUCUAAGUUUUCUUUUCUCCAGAACAAAUAUUUCGCUAAAAAUCAAAUGAACGAGUAAUCAUCUGUAUUAAAGGUUGCACGUUGCUUGAAUAUAUUUUGCUCACGAUAAUUUUGCAAUUCUAAUUACCGUGCCUUACCGCGCCUCUAAUAUAAGCGUAUACGCCUAAUAGCGAGCUUGCGAUAAGAAUCGUUGUGUUUCCCGCACGAUUCCAUCUGAUAAGCUCCGAUGCUUUUCUGAUGCCCCUAUAUACCGAGUCACUCCACCGAUAUAGGUUGAUCUUCUCUCGUAAUUUAUCAACCGAUCGAUUAUCGAGAAACGAUCUCAUCCUGGCAUUGUUGCUCGAGUUUAGAUUUGAUGCACGUUGCGGUGCUUGGUUAAUUCAGACCUAAACGUGUUGAAUUCGACUCUCUUGCAGCGAAAUCGUGACGCGAAUAAUUAAAAGAGUCACGUCUCUUGAUUCGAUCGGAUUAUUGGUAGAAAAAAAGAAAGAAAGGAAAUAAAAAUGGACGGCAACUAUUCAGUGUAUCGUGUGCAAACAAAUCCAAGAAUCAUCUAAAGGUGCAAGAUUAAGCUAAAUUUGAAAAGCGACAAUAAAGCGAAAGAUAAAGACUUACUUCUAAUUGAGAAUAAAUACUGAACUUGUAGAGCAAACAGUUCGUAAUAAUCUUCUCUCCCGAGAAAUGCAUCAAUAUUUCGAGAAUUAAUCGCGGAAAUAGCUACAAUAAAUAACUUAUUUAUAUAUAGCUGCUCCUACUGAACUUCGCGAGUGGGUCAAGUUUCGAUAACAUCCGAUUAUAAACUGAGGAAGCCAGAAAUUAACGAGAUUAUUCUGCCAAACGAAUACACAAUUGAUUUUAUCGUCGAUGAAAAUUGAUUUAAUAUUGUUGGAAUAAAUCUUUUUAGGAAUAAAA